CCUCGCCAGCGCGCAGGCGCGCAGAAGCCGCGGCGGGCUGGUGGGAAGCAUGGCGGCCUCCUCGCUGGGCGAGAAGGAGAAGGAGCGGCUGGCCGGCGGCUCGGGGGCGGCGUGCGGGAACAGCACGCGCGAGCGGCUGCUGUCUGCGCUGGAGGAUCUGGAGGUCUUGUCGAGGGAACUUAUAGAAAUGCUGGCAAUUUCAAGAAACCAAAAGUUGUUACAGGCUGGAGAGGAAAACCAGGUGCUGGAGCUGUUAAUUCACAGGGACGGGGAAUUUCAAGAACUGAUGAAACUGGCAUUCAAUCAGGGGAAAAUCCACCAUGAGAUGCAAGUUCUAGAAAAAGAAGUUGAGAAGAGAGACAGUGAUAUCCAGCAACUGCAGAAACAGCUGAAGGAGGCUGAGCAGAUACUCGCGACAGCUGUAUACCAAGCAAAAGAAAAACUGAAAUCAAUAGAAAAGGCAAGAAAAGGCGCCAUCUCCUCGGAAGAAAUCAUUAAGUACGCGCACAGGAUCAGCGCCAGCAAUGCCGUGUGCGCCCCGCUGACCUGGGUUCCCGGGGACCCACGGAGACCGUACCCAACUGACCUGGAGAUGAGAAGUGGGUUAUUGGGCCAGAUGAACAACCCCUCCGCCAACGGCGUGAACGGCCACUUGCCUGGGGACGCACUGGCCGCAGGCCGCCUGCCAGACGUCCUUGCUCCGCAGUACCCCUGGCAGUCGGGUGACAUGGCCAUGAACAUGCUGCCGCCCAACCACAGCAGCGACUUCCUGUUGGAGCCGCCGGGGCACAACAAAGAGAACGAGGACGACGUGGAGGUGAUGUCCACCGACUCCUCGAGCAGCAGCAGCGACUCCGACUAAGCAGCGUCAGGGCUGCACUGCUGGGGGGGGGUUCUCGAAAUGGCAGCCACCCGGCGGGACGAGCUGGGCGGUGCUGGAUGUGGUGGGGUUGCGCCCCGAUGAAAGAUCACAGUGGACUUUCUUUUAAAGCAAAGAUGUUUUAGUUCCAAGUCGUUCGGUGACUAUUUAGAGGAUAAUCAAAAUGGACUCUUGGGGGAAGAGGGUUCAGUGCAGUCCAGCCUUGCCCUGCUCCCUUCCAGCUGGGUUGGGCUUGCACGCAGUCGUUCGGGGGUGAGAUUGGAAGGAAACGACCCGUGUCCCUAUCACUAGUAGGCCUCCUGGAAUUAUCUAGAAGAGGCGGCGGAUCACGGAAUGUGCACCACGUCGAUAUAGCAGCAACCCUCACUGAGAGUGAAGGCUGUGCCCGGGGCGGGUCACUCGGUGGGUUGGGGUGUGGUCCCCGGUCAGGGCACACGCACACGCGAGAAUCGACCGGUGAGUGUGUCAGCAAGUGGAAGAGCAACUUGGUUUCGCUCCCCCCCACCCCAACCUCCUUCCUCUCUUUAAAGUCAACAAAGAGAAAAAGUAAAGGUUGUUGGCUUCUGUUAACAGAAACAGGAGAAAUUGCCUCAACUUGUACUACUUGUAAUUUCUGUAAAUAAACUAACUUAUUUGUACUCCU